GAAAGUCAGAUGUCAGUAGCCUAGCUUCGUUGAAGAAGGAUUCGUCAUCACAUCAUUGAUCUCUCGACCUAAACGAUCUUGCUAUGAGCACCAAGCCAAAGAGCCACAAAGGUAUGGGGGAUGGGGAGUGGAUGGCAAGGCUUAAGGCAUUUGCCAGCACUGGGGUUUGGCCUUCCAAUGCAGGGAAUAGACCAGCCCCAAGGCAGAAGAAAUGGCAUGAUAUCUAUCAGAAGAUAGAAAAAUGCCCCAUGCAAGUUCGGGGACAGACCACCCUUUUUGGAGCGUCUGUCACUUGUGACUGUGGCUUUCACACUGUUAAACCUGCACUGCAGCCUCCUUCUGCACCUCCUUCUUUGACCCCACAGUCUGUGGGUUCACAAUCUAAUUCUGGAGAUACAGCAACAGCCACCCGCUGUUUCCUGAGGUCCCCUCCAUCUUUGUCAAGGUUCACUAAGUCCUAUUUUGGGGGUUCUCUUUCGGAUUCAGUGAAGCCAAACUUGGUGGCCCGGAAGACACCGAGUCCCUCUCCAUCCUCUGUGAGGAGCCCAAGUCCCUCUCCACCCUCUGUGAGGAGCCCUAGUCCCUCUCCAUCCUCUGUGAGGAGCCCAAGUCCCUCUCCAUCCUCUGUGAGGAGCCCAAGUCCCUCUCCAUCCUCUGUGAGGAGCCCAAGUCCCUCUCCAUCCUCUGUGAGGAGCCCAAGUCCCUCUCCAUCCUCCUUGAGGAGCCCAAGUCCUUCUCCACCCUCUGUGAGGAGCCCUAGUGUUGCUCCAUCCUCCCAGACACACUCCGGCAAGACAGUUGCAUCUGAACAGCCUUCAACGUCUCUGUUACAACCAGCUGCAGGUGAUAAUGCAGCUUCUUUCUGGUUGCCGAGUGAGAUGAGGAAAACCAUCCCUGUGCAGGAUCAAAGAUGGAUCUCAAAUACCCUCUUUAAAUCUGGCAAACUGCGCCCAGAUUUAAAGCUGUGGUACGAGCCUCCUGCGCCGACCCUCAUUUACCAUCAGGUGCCAACACCUGAGAGGUUUUUUUCACAUCGGCUCCUCGUAUGGAUGCCCUACCAUCAGUGGAAGGUCAGGGUGUUCUGCAAAACUUGUGGGAAUCAUCUUACAGGUGCUGGCAUCCACAAGAGGGCUCGGAAAGUCCUGGAUAUUGAUAGGUAUUACCUCCUUGUGACGGAGACACUCAGGUGCAGCGGGUGUAAUCUCACGUAUCUAUCAACAUCCCAGAGCAUCCGAGACCAGCUGGACUUGCCGCACCAGAAACUAUUUCGGCUCAUCCUCACCCAAAAGUAUGCUUGUGACAUACGAGUGAUCAGGCUGAUGAGAGACAGGACACAGCCAAUAUAGAGGGCAAAUUUACUGUCCCUCUAAUGAAAGUCUCACUAAAGAGCAGUGGCUGGAACAAAUUAAAAAGAAAAAAUAAGCAUUUUCUUUAUUUUAAAUAACUUCACUGUAUAUAAGUUUUAUUUAGUUCAUAGUGUGUUUAUUUUGUUUUGGGUUAAUGAUACAGAUAUUUAUUCUUAUUGUCAUUGUGUACACAAAGUAAUUCAACAAACCAUACAGUAAAAGGAUUUAAGUCCUUCAGCAAACCACAAAUUUCUUGGUUAAGAAAAAGAAAUGGGAGACUUCAAUGGAAAUGUGUUGCAUCCAAAUGCUACAAUGUUUUGGGACUAACUAAAAAUGUUUAAUUCACUGUCUUAAUUGUUGAAUAAAUAUUUGGUUCUUUUAAACCGAUAAGGUCUAUGGUCUUUUGUGAGUAAAUAUGAGCUGCUUCAAAUUCUGAAUUAUUGGUAAUUUAAGCAUACACUAGAAAAAAAG